AUGUCCGAGUCAGCUCUGCUUAGCUCCAAAAUCGACUUGGAAAAAGUCGCCGUCGACGACGAGUCGGUGGGGAUCAAGUUUGACGAGAAUGCCUUCGAGCAACGUGGUCGGACCCGUCGCCGGGCCCUGGUCCACACUCGUUCCCGCCUGGCCCUGCUAUUUCGGGAACGGGUGGGGCCCGACGUGGUGUUGCCAGGGGUUUUCAAGACCAUCAGUCACCAUGUCGACAACGAGUUGGAACAAGACAAGCUCCCCGAACACGCCUCGAAGUUCUCCAAGAUUGUGUGGCACACCACGCCGGCGGACGUGGUGGAGCAGGAAUUUGGUACCAACUCCAAAGGUGGUUUGAGCGACAACGCCGUCAAAGACUUGAGCAAGCGCUAUGGCGCCAACAUUCAGCUGAAACCUCCGCUGAGAUGGUGGUGGAAGUUGUUGGUAUACUUCUUCGGUGGGUUUGGCGGUUUGUUGCUUGGCGGUGGCAUCUUGUGUAUCAUCAGUUGGAAACCUCUCGGGCUGUCGCCCGCUGUGUCCAACUUGGUGCUUGGUAUCAUCCUUCUUGCCGUCUUCGUUGCCCAGGCGAUGUUCAACUUCUUCCAGGAUUUUAGCAGUUCUCGAGUGAUGGACCUGAUCCACGACAUGAUCCCUGAGCUGUGUACCGUGACUCGCGACGGCCAAAUCGUCAGCGUGGAGCUGAAGGACAUCGUCCCCGGUGACAUCGUCCACAUCGCUGCUGGUGAUAAAACUCCUGCUGAUCUCAGAAUAACAGAAGCCUCCCCUGACUUGGCGUUUGACCGACUGGUGCUUACUGGUGAAUCCGUGCCUGUGGCUACGCUGGCGAUGCCUGACCCUUUGGGCACCAACUACCUUGAGCUGACGUCAAUGGCAAUGCAAGGUACUUACUGCGUCAACGGCGCUGGUCGCGGUAUUGUCGUUGCCACUGGUGACAACACCAUCUUUGGUACCAUUGCCAAGGAUGCCCUGAGACCGAAGAAGGGGAUGACGCCGUUGCAAAAGGAAAUCUUCCGCUUCAUCCUCUUAACCUGUGUCAUUAUUGUCACCCUUGUGGUGCUCCUUUGUAUCUUGUGGGGGGCUUGGCUUCACAAAGACCACAAAGACUGGAUCAACGUCCCCUCAUUGAUCGUGGCGUUAGUGCUGGUGGCGGUGGCGUUUAUGCCCGAAGGUUUACCGAUUGCCUUGACUACAUGUUUGGUGAUUACUGCCAACCAAAUGAGAAAGCACCAAAUCUUGUGUAAGUCGUUGCUGAUUGUCGAACUGUUGGGGUCGGUGCUGGUGCUUGGUUUUGACAAAACCGGUACCCUCACUCGUAACCAUAUGACUGUCACCGACGCUUAUACCCUUGGUCCUCAACGCCUGGUGGUAACGAUGGCAGCGGUGUGUAACCUGGCGGUAAAAGCUGGCGACAAAAUUAUCAAUGGUAAUGCCACCGACAAAGCGCUUCUCCAAUACGCUGACAAUCUGGCUCCCUUAGAAUCGAUUUACGGCGCCUGGACCCAAGUUCACGACCUCCCGUUUAACUCAAAGGACAAGUACAUGAUCACGAUGCUUGAGCCGCGACUGAAGGAACUGUGGGCCGAGAUCGGCGUCCCCGCGUUCCACACCAGCGACAACCUGAAUCUUUUUGUUGUCAAGGGCGCUCCGGAUAUCUUGCUUCCUAAGCUUGCAUUUGUGGUUAAUGAAGAAGGAAUCAUGCCCAUCACCGACGAUAUCCGCGACACCAUCACUGAAACACAACGCGAAUGGGCCAGCAACGGUAAGCGGGUGCUUCUUCUAGCAAAGAAAAUCAUCCCCCUGAACGCGGUGUCUGAUGAUAAGCGGGUGGCCACUGAACAGAUGCGUGAUCAAGUGCGUGGCUUGGUGUUUGUGGGGCUCGUUGCCAUUGAAGACCCUCCCAGAAAGAAUAUCGCCAGUGUCAUUACUCGUCUUCGUCGCGCUGGCAUCAAGAUUGUUAUGAUCACUGGUGACUUUGAGUUGACGGGGGUUGCCAUCGCCAAGGCCUGUGGCAUUGUCAACGGCGAACCUGACACCGUGGGCCACCUGACAGGGGCUCUGGCAGUGUCUAUCACUGGUCCUCAACUCAACUCGCUUACCGACGACCAGUGGAAGGACAUUAUUGGCUACCAGGAAUUAGUGUUCACACGGACCACCCCUCAACAAAAGUUGAUGAUCAUCCAGCAAUUCCAAAAGAACGGGCACUUGGUGGGAAUGUCGGGUGACGGGAUCAACGACGCUCCUUCGUUGAAACAGGCUGAUGUGGGUAUUCUGAUUGCCGACGCGCUGGACAUUGCUAAGGAAGCUCUGGACCUUAUCUUGAUGGGGCUGGGCGAAGAGUUGUUUGAAGGGAUCAUUGAGGCGUUGAAGUAUGGUCGUUUGGUAUUUGAGAACUUAAAGAAGACGUUAGGGUACCUUUUACCCGCAGGUACUUACUCUGAGUUGUGGCCAGUGUUGCUUAACGUCAUCUUCGGCAUGCCCCAGAUGCUUUCCAGUUUCAAUAUGAUCAUCAUUUGUUGCAUCACUGACUGUAUCAACGCCAUCGUCAUCGCCUUUGAGCCGCUGGAGAAGAACUUGUUGGAAAAACCUCCUCGAACUGAACGCCUCGUCAACUUCAACUUAUUGUUGCACCUGUACUUCACCAUCGGUACCUUCUACUCGUUCACGCUGUUCUUGCUUGGUUUCAUCAACUUACAACGCCACGGGAUGCCGUUCUCGGCGUUCACGUUGUCGUACGGUAGUUAUGAAAACAAGUGGUCCAAUGUCGACGAUAUCAUCGCCAUGUCACUGUCGAUUUAUUUCGUCAACUUGGUGAUCAUGCAAAUCUUCAACUUGUUGGCGAUGCGGACGCGGUACUUGCUGAUGUUCCAGCAUCCUCCCUGGCUCAACAAGUGGAUCUUUGUGGUGACGCCGAUCUCGUUUGGGGUGACGUUUAUAAUCAACUAUAUCCCCGCCAUUCAAAAAGCGAUGGGCACGGCAAUGGUCCCCGUGGAGUAUUACUUCAUCUCCCUCGGGUUCGGGGUGGUGGUGCUUGUUUAUGAUGAGUUGAGAAAGUGGCGGGUCCGCACCCAUCCCAAGGGGUUUCUCGCCAAGAUCGCCUGGUAG